AUGCUCGAUGUGGCCAAGGCUUGCGAGUACCUGCACGCCCAGGAAAUCAUCCAUGGAGAUCUCACCUCCAACAAUGUGCUACUUCAGACGAGGCCGACUUCGGAUCCUCAGGAGCUCGACUUCGUCUGCAAGGUCUGCGACUUCGGGCUUGCCAGGGUGCUGGAGGAAGGCGUCUCGACGCUUCUGACCUCCCAGCUUGGCACAGUCUCCCACAUGCCACCGGAGUUGAUCCGGAUGGAGAACAGAAGGUUAACGAAGAAGGUGGACGUCUACGCCAUGGGCAUCCUCCUUUACCAAGCCUUGCUUGGAAGACUUCCGUUCGCGGGAAAGAUGGCGCCGCAGAUUAUCAUCUUCAUCGCCAGCGGGAAGAGGCUCGAACUCGAUGAGCAGGUGGCAGAAGAUGUUCGGCAGAUUUUUUCGGAUUGCACUGCAACGCUUCCGGAAGAAAGGCCGUGUGCCGAGGCCUCCCCGUGUUCGGCCCGGGUGAAUUCUCACCCUGACGAUGGGCGAGCGCACCGCACAAUGAAGCUCCUGUUUGCACUGGGGUUCCUUCGCGAAGCUCGUGGCAUCGCAUUGCAGACGUCCCAUGGCCAAGGCUUUGCGCCGGCCAAUGGUGCUCCAUACUUCGUCUCGGAAGAGCUCGAGAAGCUACCAGAACCCCACGAGGACAUGAUGGCGGCUGAGUACCUUGUGGCUCGCACGAACCACGUCACGACAAAGUUCGAGAAGGGUCCAGCCCACGCCUGCGAUGAUGGGGAGCAUGCCAGCAAAAACAGGUGUCUCACUGUGGAGAACCGCAACUGCAUGUGGGUUCGGCUUCACAGUCACGACCCGCGGCCACUCGUCCCCAAGGAGAAGGCCUACUGCAUGCCCUGCGAGAUGGAUGGCGUUGACCUACCUUGCUGGAACUCCGGCGCCUGGCUCGGCGGCAGCCAGGUAGUGGAGUGCGAGAUGUCCUGUUUGCACCAGAAAAGAGUGAUGCAGCCGCAGUACUCUUGUACUGAUUAUACUGGGGUGGACAGCCAGACCUCCUGCUUCAGCCGUGGAGACCAGACCAACUCCAGGUGCAUGUUCAUCUCAUACAAGGAUCAGUCAGGAGCCACCAAGUCGUCCUGUGCUCCCUGUGAGCUGGCGGGUAUUGGGAACAUCGACUGCCCGGCGAUGGGCGGUAAAGGUCCGGAGGACAACUCAACAGUUGCCGCCUGUGCCAGCCAGUGUGAGGCCCCUCGCCCGGACUCGGGCGUGACCUUGGCCCCUGCAGUUGCUAAUCCAGGCCUCAGCCGGGUCGCAUCGAGUCCAGAGGAGAUGGUCUCUGCGCCCGUCUCGCCACCACUGCCCCCAGCAGAAGGGGAAACAGCCCUGGCUACCAGAGCUCAGGUCGCCGACCGCAUGACUACAACAACUCCCUAUGGCAAAGCCCCCGAGUACUUUCCCAUGGUUGUCUACCGCAGCCCCGGCGACGCAGCGGCCACGAAGCUCCCGGCGGUGGGCAAUCCGGACUUGCCCUGGCCGGUAGAGCUGCCGGCGCUGCUGCAGGAGUCCGGGCGGCUGCAGCGAUGA